AGUUGUCCUUCGUCACACGCUUGAGUUAUUCAUAGCCUAUCCCUGCCUGAGAGAAAGAUGCCUUGCUCUGGUUCCACCAUGCUGCCUCACCUCUUAUUGCUCUGUCUCCACUUCCUCAUCUCAACCUCCACGGCCUACGCGGACGACGGCUUCACCUACGAUGGGUUCUCCGGUAGCAUGCUCCGGCUCGAUGGCGUAGCUUCGAUCUCAAGCAGAGCUCUGAUGCUGACCGAUGGUGCUCUCAAGAGCGUAGGACGCGCUUUCUUUGGACGCCGGUUUGACUCUGUUUCCUCAUUUCGACAACCUUUGUGUUCGUCAUCACUGCUCCAUACUCUAGUUUUAAACAGAAGGCCCUUGGCCCGGCUUUAUAUAUAAAGCCAUCACGGCAACCACAGAGUAGCGAUACAACACACACCUCACAUGCUGGUACCUCCAAAGUGCUGAUACCUCGAUACAAAUACUACAAGUCUGGUACCCAAGAUAAACUCAUAGAUACAAGGAGAACAGAAGCGCAUAGAGCGGGUAGAAGCGGCAGCAUGCAGUCAUCGACGUCGUCAGUGUCCUCCUGCCCGGAUCCGCGCAUGUAGCCUCCUAACCUCGUCCAGCGCCGCGUCCAACAACGGUCGGUCCCUCGGUCUGACCAGUACCCUCCAGCUCUGCAUGUAGAUAGACAUUUUGAAGAUAGCGUCAGCCGGGCUGGAGAUGAGGGAGCCCUCGAUGGCUAGCUUGUUACGUAUGUUCCAGAGCGCCCAACACUGCGCAGCGAAAGUAAACCAAGCUAUCCUACGGAGUCUACCCGACAAGCCGUUGGCAAUGGCUACAAAGUCCGCAGCCCCUGCUGGGUUCCAAGUGCAGGAGAGGAGAUCCCUGAUUCCUGCCCACAUGAAUUUGGCGAUGUGGCAAGUAAAGAAAAUAUGAUCGCAAGUUUCCCAUUCGCCACAAAGGGCACAUCGCCCAUUCGAUGGCCCAUGCCGCUUAACUAAUUGGUCCCCCGAGGGGAGCCUCCCCCGGAUGAGUUGCCAGAGGAAGCCAUACUCUAGUUUAAGCGGGAAUGGGCUUGCAUUUACGGUUUCCGCCACGACGGACUCUUUAUUGGAUGCCCUCCCGUCUCAGUACAUGGGCAUGUUCAGCAUCGCAAACGAUGGCAAUGCCACAAAUCAACUCUUUGCUGUCGAGCUGGAUACCAUACUAAAUCCCGAAUUCAGGGAUAUUAACAGUAACCAUGUUGGGAUCGAUGUAAACAGCCUUACGUCUAUCAGUAGCAACCCUGCGGGAUAUUACACCCCAGAUGGCAGCUUCUCUUCCUUGAGACUUAUUAGUGGUGAACCGAUGCAAGUAUGGGUGGACUACGAUGACAGUUCACACCGCGUGAAUGUCAGUUUAGCACCUUACUUGCAGCCUAAGCCUCAGCGACCACUGCUAUCAACCACUGUCAAUCUUACAUCUCUUCUCCCAAGCUCAGUAUAUGUUGGUUUUGCCUCUGCAACCAGCGUCUUGAGGUCCAUACACCGCAUUAUCGGUUGGAGUUUCAAUCCAAAAGGGGACGCCAAACCACUCAACUACACGGCGUUGUCUGAAGUUAUACAAGAUGUUCGACGGGAUAAUCAAAGGAGUCACUCGCGUAUCCCUAUGAAAAUUCUUAUACCGGUUGUCACUUUGUCAGUAUUCGUCACACUUGUUAUUAUCGUUGCUCUGUAUGUUAAUAUGAAGAAGGCAAGGGAAAUUGGUGAGUGGGAGAUCGAUUCUGGGUCGUCAUCUUUCACAUAUAAAGAUCUUGCAACCAGCGGUUUCAGUGACAGAAUGCUUCUUGGCAAGGGAGGAUUUGGAAAGGUGUACAAAGGGGUGCUGCAAACCUCGAAGCAAAAUGUUGCCAUCAAGAGGGUUUCGCCAGAGUCGAAGCAGGGGAUGAAGGAAUUCAUAGCCGAGAUAACCAUCCUCGGUCACCUCCGCCAUCGCAACCUUGUGCAGCUGCUCGGUUACUCUCGUCAUAAGAGUGAGCUCCUUCUUGUUUACGAUUACAUGUCAAAUGGUAGUCUUGAUAGAGUUUUACAUGGUCAAGACAGGCAACAAACAGUAGACUGGGUUUGCAGAUUUAACAUCAUAAGAGGCAUUGCAUCUGGUCUUUGCUACCUCCACGAGGAUUGGGAGAAAGUGGUCAUCCAUCGAGACAUCAAGACGAGCAACGUGCUCCUCGACAAUGAAAUGAAUGGUAGACUCGGUGAUUUUGGCUUGGCAAGAUUACACAACCAUGGCACAGACGCCCACACCACGCAUUUGGCUGGCACCUGGGGUUACAUCGCUCCCGAGCUAGCCAGGUUAGGAAGGGCAACCAAGGCGACUGAUGUCUUUGCAUUCGGCGUCUUCAUGUUGGAGGUGGCUUGUGGGAGGCGCCCAAUAGAAGUGAAUGAUUCUGGUGAGCCAGUGCUGCUGACAGACUGGGUGACCGAUGCAUGGGAGAGCGGUUCAAUCCUCAGAUCAGUAGACCCAAGAUUGGAAGAUUAUGUCAGGGAGGAGGCAGAGUUGGUACUAAAGCUUGGCCUGCUAUGCUCACACCCAGUACCCAGUGCUAGGCCAUCCACGCGCCUAAUUGUGCAAUACCUUGUAAAUGAUGUGUUGCUUCCGGAUUUCCAGCCAAGUUUUUUGAGCCUUACCAGCAGGGAUGAAGACUUUGAUCAGCAUAUCCUGACAUGCCCUUCUGUGGUGACAACCAUGACUGGUCUUUCUGGAGGAAGGUGAUACAUGAUUUCUUAUGGCUGUGAUAACUUACAUUUACUAAAUAUAUUGUAUUGCAGAAUUUUCAUGUGAACGAUGUGUUCUUCCUAAAAAUUUAUCACAUGUAACUAAUGUAGUAGAAAUAUAAAGGUUUCUCUCCUGGAUCCCUUGCAUCUGGUAUCAACUUUGUGGAUGGCAUAUUAAUGUUGCCGGGUUCUUAUGUUACUAAGCUUUCCUGACCAA